UCAUUUAAGACUUUGCGUUAAUAUUUUUGUAAUUUCCACAAAGAAAUAAAAUGCCAAAGGACAAAAAACAUAAGAAGGAUGAACAUCGAGAAAGCCAUCAUAAGCACAAAUCCAAACAUAAGCAUAAAUCAAAGUCGAAGAAAAAGCACCGCUCGCCAUCCUCCUCAAGACCUUCGUCAUCUUCCAGUGGCGAUGAAGGUCUACCAAAAAAUGUGCAGCUGUUAAAAGCCCUAGAAGAAAGACGUAUUAAGGAGGAAUUGGAGAGGAAGCGCUUGAAAGAUGAGUUAAAAGCUAAAGAGACCCCAGAACAAAAACGAGACAGACGUUUGCGUGAAAAAGAAGCCAAGGAAAUUAGAAGAAAAGAAAGAAUGGGCUGGGAUAAUGAAUAUCAAACUUAUACUGAUCAAGAUAAUCCUUUUGGUGAUUCCAAUUUGACUUCGACCUUUGUGUGGAACAAAAAAUUACAAAAACAAGGUUUUAAGGAUGUUCCCAUACAGACAGUGGAGGCGUUUAAUCGACAAAAACAAAUGGAGAACAAAUUGGAAUUAGAAAAGGUGAAGAAGAGGAGACUGGAAAGGGAGAAAGAAAAACAAGAGCGGGAAGAUGAAAUGGUAUUGCAGCAAAGACAAAAAGAAGCGGCCCAAUUCCAUGAGUGGGAGAAACAGGAAGAUCAAUUUCACUUGGAACAAGCUCGCCUGCGAAGUGAAAUACGCAUACAAGAUGGCAGAGCAAAACCGAUAGAUUUGCUGGCUCAGUACAUAAACAGCUCAAAAUUGGAAGAUGCCAUUGAAAUGCAAAUGCAUGAACCAUACUAUAUACUUAAUGGUUUGUGUAUCAAAGAUUUGGAGGAUCUAUUGGUGGACAUUAAAGUCUAUAUUGAAUUGGAAAAAGGCGAACAUAUUGAUUUUUGGAAUGACAUGACUAUCAUUGUUGAAGAUGAAUUGCAAAAGCAAAGAAAACAAGCAGAGCAAGAGGAAGCUGCUAGUUCCCGGCGUGAGGGAAUACACGAAAGUGUAGUGAAAGAUGUUACGGGUAUAUUCCGUAAUAAAACCAUAACACAAUUAGAUGAAAUGAGAGCGAAAAUAGAAGGUAAAAUUGAAGCUCGUACGGAAGGAGUGGACAUUAGCUAUUGGGAAAAUAUAUUAUCACAAUUGAAGGCUCAUAUGGCAAGGGCUCGUUUGAGAGAUCAUCACCAAAAGAAACUCAGAGAGAAAUUAGAUCUAUUGAAAACUUCGACGAUUAAAGAAGAAGUCCAGGAGAGCUCACCACAACGCACAGAGGGCCGGGAAACACAAGAGGCUCGAGAAGAAAGCGAAGAAACACAACAGGAAAUAUAUGAAAAUGAUUGCUUUAAUCUCUACAACGAAGGUAACUACAGUCCGCAAUAUUUGUCGCCUGAAUUACAGUUCGGCUCGCUUAAUAUUGUCGAUGAAGAAGAGGACGAGAUGAAUUUGAAAUAUCAAAGGCAACAAUUGCUGGAAAAUAGUCAAGACAACAGUAAUUACAACCAAGAUGAGGUAAAUAUGCGCCACGAAGCUCGCAAGGGUAUGUCAAAUGAUGAAGUUGAGUUUAGCGUUGAAAUGCCUUGUGAUAAUUCAUUGGCCAUUCAGCUGGCCACUGACAAAUAUCGCCCCCGUAAACCUCGUUACUUUAAUCGUGUCCACACCGGCUUUGAAUGGAACAAAUACAAUCAAACGCAUUAUGAUAUGGACAAUCCUCCGCCCAAAAUUGUUCAAGGCUAUAAAUUUAAUAUAUUCUAUCCGGAUCUAAUAGACAAAUCGAAAACUCCACAAUAUUUCCUUACACAAUGCGAAGAUAAUCCAGAUUUCGCUAUUUUACGCUUUCAUGCUGGACCACCCUACGAAGAUAUUGCCUUUAAGAUUGUUCAUCGCGAAUGGGAGUUCAGUUAUAAGCGUGGUUUUCGUUGCCAAUUUCACAAUAACAUCUUUCAGUUGUGGUUCCAUUUCAAACGCUACAGAUAUCGUAGAUAAAGCAACGUUUUUGUUGUUAAUUUCGCUGCUCUUUUUUUUUGUAUUUUUAAAUGUAGAAUAAAAUAAUGAACAGAUAUUUUAAUAAAAUAAGUAAAAUACAUACAUAUGAUACAUAGUACUUACUAAACAAA